CAACGUGACUGCGAGGCUAAUUCGUUUAAAAAAGAAACAAGGUGGUUCCCGGCCAUGAAUACGGCUUCCACGUCGUGUAUCAUCACAUAUCGCGCAGUGUCGCGGGGCGACUUUCAGCUCGCGCAUUAUGGCCGAAGGAGACGCGCUCAAUCUCGCGCGCGUGGAAAAACGAUCAGCGAUCCAUCUUCGUGCGCUGCCGGGAGUAGAUUAUUCAGGAUAGAUCUGGAGCAGGGAGUAUUCGCGAGAGAGACAUUCCGCGAGGCGUUUAGGACCGUCGCGUGGAAGGGAUGGAAAUGUUGAGAGUGUGACGAAGCUACUACAUCGGCGCCGAACCCCGCGGGGUGGUGAUGACAUUUUUGCGCGAGCGGCGUAAUUGUCCGAGGAUCAAUACCGAAGCCGGGGCUCCUGGGGUUCAAUGUUCAUCACCGAGGUCGAUCCGGUAAUUGUAAAAAUUGGAACGAAGAGAGAAGGACGCGCGCAAAAGAGGGACGUAGAGGGAAGGGAGAAAAGAAGAGCGCGUGUCCCGUACCAAUUGUUAAACAUCGAAGUGGCCCUUGUCACGCGACUUAACGAGACCAACGCGAUCGAAAUUAAUGUCUGGGAGAGCGGCGGAUGAGACCUUUGCGAAGGGUGGCCUGCGUGAUAAACGACGUUUCGCGUAAAUAAAUGAUAAACGUAUUUCGCGUCCUGCGUGACGUCACCCGGCAGACUCGGCCGGCAUCUAAGUCUGCCGAAAGUUGAUCACCAAAGGAGCGAACUGAAAUUAAUGUUUGGAGAAAACGGACCAAGUCACGCGGUAUAUAAUUACAACAAUACCUCGGACAAUGGCGAGCGACGCGAUAAUCAAGGUGUCGUUCUUGCUGAGCGUCUUCCCGCUAAUUCUCUCGACCGACCGGAUCCCCUGCUCCAACGACACGUUAUUGCAAACCGCGGGCGACGCUGUUUUAAACGUUUUCGCGGACGCCAAUCACGGACAAUAUUGCAACGUGUCGUCAGCCAAGGGUCUCCAGCAAAUCUCGGCGGCGCUGUACGUGGUGCGAACUUUGAACGAGCAUAACUACGUGCCGGGCCGACGACUGGGAUUGAGGGUGUUCGACACGUGUCACGAUGGAGUCCAGGUGUUCAAGCGAGUCCUGCGAGCCACGGUCGAGGGAGGUUGCGCGUCGCACUACGAGAUGGGUUUCUUGGUGCCUUCCUCGUACAAUUCCACGUUGGAUCCUCUGCGUUAUUACGGCGGCCGCCCGCCGAUUGUCACCUACACGGAACAGAAUCUCACGUUAGCCACGAUCGACAUCCUGACGCAUUACCUGAGCACCAGGUAUGAAAACGUCGAUCUCGCGCUCGCCAGCACGGACCGUGUCCUCGAGCGUUUCCUGAGGAUCAGCAGGGACGCCGGUGUGUGCGUAAGGCGCGUCGGACACGACGGCGACGGCGGCGGCGGCGGCGACGACGACGACGACGACGACGACGACGAUGACGCGAACACGAACGUCACGGAAGCGGCGAUAGUCGCGAUCGGCGAGGCGAGUGACAUACGACGGUGGCUGCGACGACGUCGAGAGGAACCGAAGGAUCCCGGGACGAAGACGUGGUUCCUGCUGCCGCUCGAUAACUCGGCCAUUGACGAUGUUACACCAGCCGGCUCAUACAUCAUCAAACCGGAAGCUCUGGACUUUGACCGCGAGUUCGCAAGCGUGGACGAGGACCCGCGACAUUCCGAGGACUCCGCGAAACGCUCCCCGUACCUUCUCGGCAUCGCCAAGGCCGUCGUCGGGCUGGCGGAAGUCCUCCGGGACAUCCGAGGGAAAAGUUGCUCCGGUAACGACGAGGACGACAACGACAACGACAACGACAACGACGACGACGACGACGACGAUGACGACGACGAUGACGACGACGACGGUGCCGGAAACUGCACCGAGUCGCCAUUUCGAUCGGUAUCGCCGCCGGAAAUUCGCGAUUCCGACGUGUACGAGGCGCUGCACAUGCAGCCGCGGUCGCACUCGCUGGGAUACGCGGUCGCCAUGAAGACGCAGCACGAUCUCGUCGAUGUCGCGCUUUACAGGGUCGAGGUGUCAGAGUCGCGAGCCCUCCCGAAAAGAGCGAUGUCCGGGAUGCCGGCGCUCUGUCUGCGGGAUCUCGUCGGGAAGUGUGGGAAUUGCACGAAUUUUCGCGAGCAUCUCCGCGCGCGCCAGGUCGUCACGCCAGCGGACCCCGUCGGGAAGAACAUCUUGAAGAACAACGUCUACGUUCCCAUUUGCCUGGUCGCCGUGGUGUGCGGCACCCUUAUGUGCUGCGUCACCGUCGUAUUCAUCGUCUAUCGUUUCACGACCGAGCGAGCCGAGCUCGACGGCGACCCGAGCCUCACGAUCGCCCUCAUCCUGGCCAUCGUGUUUACCCUGCUAACAGCGCUGCCCUUCUGCAUGGCGGACGAUUAUUUCGGCGCGGAGAGCCUGAACGCCCGGAGGAUCCUCCUGGCCACUCUCGCGUUCGGCCUCACGUUCUCGAUUAUGCUCUCGAGGGCUCUCUUCCUGGCUUUAUCCACCGGCGGUGUUCUCGUCAGCCACGUCAACGGAUACCUGCAGAGCGUCAUGGUGUUCUUCAUGUUCGCCGUGCAGCUCGCCAUGUCAAUCAUGUACUUCGUCCUAAACACCGCGGACUCGGCCGUGAUCACCAGGAGCCUCGUCUUCAUCGCGUUAUUAGGAUACGAUAUAUUUCUGCUGAUCGCGCUUUUCGUCGCUUGCUGCUUCAUCACCGGGAUAAGACGCAACUACCACGAGGGGAAGUGCUUCUUCGGCACUGCCGUCGGCCUGCUGGCGGUUUGGACGGGCUGGCUGAUUUGCUUCGUACUGAUGCAGCCGGAAAGUCGCGACAUGAUCAUCUCCUUCGGCGUUAUCGGCACUGCUUAUUCGAUUAUCCUCGGUACUCUCGUACCGCGAAUGUAUUACAUGCUGAUGCACCUGCCCGGACGGAAAAGCCUCGGACGUAGAUUGGACCUCGUGAACUUGCCGACCGACUCGGCUGUAAGCACGAUCGUCAGGCCGUCGCGAUUCGCCCACGAUUACGCUCAUCCCGUUCCGGGAAGCCAAGUUGUACAUACGCCACCCACAUAUCCGAAUUAUUACGGCAGUUCCAGCCCGAGCUCCAAAUGGCCCGAUCGAUCGCGCAGUCCGAUUCAGCGUGAAAUGCCUGGAUACAGUAAUUAUGGAUUUCACGCGGAAAUGACGGAGAUCGAGAUUGCUCGCGCCGUGCCGCAAACGCGCCGUGUCGAGAACGCGGAGGCUCGGAGGAGUCCUCACGUAGCGCCGAACGACGUCAUUUACGCGCAGCCGAAGAUCUGCAGAGCGCGGAGGGUGGUUCUGGGGCAGGAGAGAGAAGCGGAGAUCAGCAGGGACGACUUCCCGCCCGGGCUGAGACUGCGAGACAGGCUGUAUCCUAUAAGAUACUCGAGUCCGACUGCUGUAGGACGACCGCGGCAGGACAGGAUCGAUGAAGAGAACGAGGACGAGGACGAGGACGAGGACGAAGAAGAGAACGAGGACGACGACGACGACGACGACGACGACGACGAUGACGACGAGGGUGAUGAAGGAGACGAGAGUGUCUGCAGGGUUACCCGCUUUUGACAGAGAUACUUGAUUGCAGGCCGCACGGCACAAUCAUUCGUGUCACGUAUAUGAGCCCGCGAAUCCUCCGUAAAACGAAUUCUUCCGCUUACUUGAAACCUCGGGCGAGGCACUCCGAGGAACUUGCCAAAUUGGAAGAUUGACGAAGAACUCGGAAGUAACGAUCGGCGCGCGAGCGUGCCCUAUUCGCGUCUCCCCCGAACUUCUCGUCUCGGCUGACUUCUUUUCUCGCUCUCAUGUCAGGCGAAUCGCCCGGAAUGACUUAUCGGCUGUUUCCGCUCAAAUUUCACCCCGACAAAUUUAGAGAAAUUUAGAGAGCGAGAACGCGCUCGCCGACGCUUCCUCCCUCGACGUUCGAUGUUGUCUAAUGAGCUGGAAUUUUGCCGGACUACGAACCUCACCGAGCUCUCCCCCCCCUCUCUCUCUCUCUCUCUCUCUCUCUCUCUCAUCUCGACCGGCUCAAGCGGCGACAGAAGUUCCUCGUUGCAUCAGAUACGCGGACAAGGACGCGGAAACGCAGCAAAGCCUGUGCGCCGUGCGCGGCGCAGAAUCAAUUUGGCAUGUACCUCGUCGAAAUUGCAUUAUGGUCGAUCGUAAUUUCGCAAGCAGGGCAGCAGGUGUGCGCGCUACGCGGGAAUAUCGAUGACGAGAUAGCGAGGCCCGGGCUGCUCGCAACAAAGGGACUCGCGAAAAUGCAGUUUACCGCUCGCCACGUUUGCGACGUGUGGGAACGAUUCCGCCGCCCGGUCGCCCGCGAGAAUCUUCUUCUCGUCCCACGGCAUUUUUAUCACUCCGAUUUCCCCGCUCUCGUUACAACGCGCCGAGUUAUAACGCGCGCGCGUGCUAAUGCGAAUUUUGCAUUCGCACUCGCCCGAGCACACGGCGGUUUCGUCAGCCCGGCAGAGCGCGAUUUCGCGAACCUGCACACAUCGAUCCGGCCUUAAUAAAAGCGUCGAGACGUUAACAGCCUUGGGGAGCCGGGCGAAUAAAAGAGCGUCUACCUCUCGAAUUAAGUUCAGCGCGGUUCAGCGCAGCCCGGCCCGGAAGCUCGAGCCCGGGUGGAUCCCUGAAUCUUUCGCGGAAUUUUUACCUCGGCAUCCUUGCAAAACUUGCAGCAACGCCCGAAGGGAAAGGAAGGAAGGAAGGAAGGAAGGAAGGAAGGAGGAGGGGAAAAAGGAAACACGUAACCCUCCGAAAAUUCUAUCAAGCCGGUGCAGCCCCCUCGUCGAUCUUCUCGCCGACGUGUUCUCACAGUUUACGAUCACGCGCGCGAUGGUUCACUUCCAGAUCACGAGGCCACCGUGAAAACCGCGAAAAUCAGGCUGGCUGGCGGCGGCCGAUAAGCCGUCAUAAUGGGGAUAAAUCGAAAAGUGCAUCGGCUCGUGAAAGGGUGCGCCGCGUUCGGACCUUCUCGUAGCCCCCCAUGAAAAAGCUUCUGCGCAAGAACGAGCUUCACAGGCUAUAAAAGCUCGCACGAGACUCGUCCGCUUUCCAGUCACGUUUAGGGCUGCCUUUCAAGUGACGAAAAAAAGAAGAGGAAUUCGCGAGAAGGGGCCUGCUUGAAAUACGUGCGCUUAUCAGAGCAAGAGUCUCCUUGCAAAAUUCAUUCGAGUAGCACACCGGCACGGUGUGAGCGCUCUGUCGUUCGC